UUUGAAUUUCCUUUUUAGAAUAUCAAUUCUUAUUGGCCGUUUACAUGAAAAAUAAAUAAUGUCAUUCUCAUAUGGCAAACAUGCAAAAUUAAUAUAGUUAAACAUACAUAAAUAAAGAUAACAAAAUGUCUGCCUACGAUUCACCGAUACCACUGUCUGAUAUUGAGACCGUCCUGGCCUGGGUCGACACAUUCAAGCUGUCAAGGCCUACGAAGAAAAUAAACAGAGAUUUCUCUGAUGCUGUACUUCUAGCGGAAAUCUUAAGCGUGCAUUAUCCUAAGCUGGUGGAGAUGCACAACUACCCGCCCAGGAAUAGUCAUUCCCUUAAAUUGAACAAUUGGAUGACUCUGAACAGGAAGGUGCUUAAGAAGCUGCGUCUGAACCUGUGCAGCAACACCAUGGAACAGCUCGCGAACUGCGCUCCUGGGGUCAUCGAACGUGUUCUGGUUAUGGUCCGAGACAAAAUCCGUCGAGAUGAGGACGCUAAUAGGUCGCUGAAAGAGUCUGAACAAAAUGUUUCCAGCGGCGGAAGUUAUUAUGAGGCCUGCGGAGACGAGGAACAUGUAUUGGUAGUUCCUGUUAAGAUGAGAGUGAAUGGAGUUUUAGAAACAAUCCAGCAGAAAGUUGUCAACUACGAAACACAUCUAACACUUAAAGAAGAACUGAAAGAUGCAAAGGAAACUGUGGAAACGCUGAAACAAAAGGUCGAACACUUGGACAAGUUGCUGAAUCUUAAAGAGGAGAGAAUAGAAGAAUUGCAGAAACAAUUAGAGCGGAAACAGACAAAGCGUAAAGAGGUUGAGGCCCUUCAGAAUAGUUUAGCUGUGCCCUUUGAACCUGAACCGCCAACACCCAAAAUUUUUGACCUGAUACCUGUACCCAGCAGGACGGUUUCAGCGAAAUCUUUAGAAUCUUCCAGUAAAGUGUCCAUCGAAUCUAACAAAUUACCAAAUCAAGAACUCGAAGGGAUAUCUAAGGAUGAAACUAAAAUUCCCAUACCAAAACUCGUCAUCCCUAAAUGCAAAUCCAAACCGAGUGUUACAGAAGUGCUUGAUUUCAAGCAUCAGAAUUCCGAGGAAAAAAUUGACGUGGACAGAAUCAAAUCCGACGUAUUCAAGGAAAUCGAAAUAACUGAUGAUAAUAAUAAUGAUAUGAGGAUGCCCUCGAGUGUCCAGGAAUUUAUCACAAUAGAAAAUAGCAUCAGGCAGGAGGUUCAGGAGAUAUGUGAUGCGGUACAUUUACGUGACACGACUUAAUUAGUUUCUACGGCUUAUGGCACGACUUAGUUCCUACGGUUAAGGCUUUUCCUAGUAUCCUGUGACAGUGUCAAUUGAAAUUGUAUGUUUGUUUAUAUUUGAUCGAUUAAAUCUUUAUGUAAUUUAGGAUGUUAACAUUGUAAUGUUUUUAAUAGUUUAUGGUAUUGUUAUUUAUUAUUUAGAAAUAAACAUGUUUGUAACUGUU